AUGGAGAGCUCUAACCAGGCCAAUGAUGAAUUAGAUGCUUAUACCAGAGCAGAGGUUGUGUAUGAAUGGACACGGGAACCAGCAAGGUCAGUGGUUGUGGCUGAAGACGGCUCUCGGUUGAACCAAUAUGAUCUGCUUGGACAAACUGUGGACUCUGGAAUUGUUCAGUCCAGUACAGGGGAAUAUGUUGUUAUGACUACGCAUUUUCAUUUGAAGAGAAAGAUUGGUUACUUUGUCAUCCAGACUUAUCUGCCAUGCAUCAUGACAGUGAUACUGUCACAGGUGUCCUUCUGGCUUAAUAGAGAAUCUGUUCCAGCAAGAACUGUAUUUGGAGUGACAACUGUCCUGACAAUGACUACUCUGAGCAUCAGUGCAAGGAAUUCGCUGCCCAAGGUGGCCUAUGCCACUGCUAUGGAUUGGUUUAUAGCGGUGUGCUAUGCCUUUGUGUUUUCUGCACUCAUCGAAUUUGCAACAGUGAAUUACUUCACAAAGAGAGGCUAUGCAUGGGAUGGCAAAAGCGUCGUUCCUGAAAAGCCAAAGAAAGUGAAGGAUCCUCUCAUUAAGAAAAAUAACACAUACACAGCUGCAGCUACGAGCUACACCCCUAAUAUUGCAAGGGACCCUGGGCUGGCAACCAUUGCUAAAAGUGCAACGAUUGAGCCCAAAGAAGUUAAACCAGAAACAAAACCUGCAGAACCCAAGAAAACUUUUAACAGCGUCAGUAAAAUUGAUCGACUAUCAAGAAUAGCCUUCCCAUUGCUCUUUGGAAUCUUUAACUUAGUCUAUUGGGCUACCUAUUUAAACCGGGAACCCCAGUUAAAAGCUCCAACUCCACAUCAAUAACCUCAUUUAUUCGUAUAGUUCUGUUUUGUCUUUUGCUCUGGGAACUGCUUCCCAUUUUCACAUACGGUAAUUCACAUUUGCUUCAUUGCCUCUGUCUUAAAGAAAAGAAAAGUUUCUUUAUUUAACAAAAGGUUAAAUAUAUCUGUAUAUUUAAAAAACCUGUGUGUGAGGGAAAGAACAAUAUAAGCUAUAUACUUUGGAAAAGUGAUUCCAGAAAUGGGAAAGAAAGAGUUGUAG